CAUUCUGGAUCUUGUGUUUCAGUGCCGCCUUUAUUUUAGCAUCAGAAACAAGCUAUGGCGCGUUCAAUGCUAGCUCUUGCUAAAACCUUGUGUUUCGUCCUCCAUGUCCAGUCAUGUACUUGUGGCGAGGCUGAGAUCAUCGGAGGGAAGAAGGUGAAGGCCCAUUCUCUGCCCCACAUGGCUCUCCUGUUUAACAGCGAAGGAGAGCCACGAUGCGGGGGUACCCUCCUCUCUCCCACAUGGGUGCUGUCCGCGGCCCACUGUUUCAAGCUCGAAAUAGAUACAGUGCGUCUCGGGGUGGUCACCAUUAAUAACAGCAAGACGGAUGGAUUUGUUCAGGAACGGAAGGUUGCAAAGCAAUACAAACAUCCUGACUACGAAAAUGCCACUUAUCUCCAUGAUCUCUGCCUGCUUAAGCUCAGCCAAGCGGUGGAAGAGACGAUGGCCAUAAAGUAUUUGCCAUUGGCAAAUACAAUCCCAGACCCCAAGGAAGGUACCAUCUGUAUGGUAGCUGGUUGGGGGUUCGUCAAAGUUGAUAUUAAUAAGAUGUCAGAUGAUCUGAUGUCCGCCGAUGUCACUGUUAUUAAAAGGGAAACGUGCAACUUAACCAAAUAUAACAAUACCAAGUAUACCAUCACUUCUGAUAUGGUAUGUGCCGGAACUGUAGACGAGAAUCCGGACGUUCGGGAUACUUGUCAGGGAGACUCUGGAGGACCUCUGAUGUGCAACGGUGUGCAAGUAGGAAUCACUUCCUUUGGCAUCGGCUGUGCCAAUAGGACCAAACCAGGAGUGUAUGCUUUGCUUACCAAACAACACACUGACUGGAUAAAAACAGUAAUGCAGAAACAAGAGUUAUUCUGAGGAAUAUGCAACUCAAUGAUGUCAAAAUGAUGUUCAAAUAAUUGUUUCGAUAUACGAGUUAAUGUUGAUUACUGGAUGAAAUUCGUGCCACACUCAUCCCUCUGAGAAGAAUGUAUUUUUUAUGUACUUUUAUAAGUAAAAUCAAUCAGGUAGUAAAAGUUAUGCUAUAGCAAUAUCUAUUUAUGUAUGCGUUAAUAUUUAAGGGUAAUUAUUAAUUUUUACUUGCUGUAAGGUUAACAUAGAUUGAUAAGGAGUUCUAAACUCAUAACUGCCAGGCCUUAGAAGGCCCAUCUGCUCUAGCAAUGUGUGAAAGGCUACUUCAAGACAAAGAGGGUGAGGUGAUGUAUGGCGUACAAGGCCGAAUAACAACUUACAAGGCCGAAUAACAACUUUUUACAAGGGAGGGUUCCAGUUGGAAAGCAGAUUGAAGGAGACCAGGGCUGUGUGUGGAGCUCAGAGUUGACGGGGAGGCCGUCAGGCAGCUGACUCUCACGGACGGAGGGACUGCCGCGCCCAAAAAGUUUUGUCUCUGUUCUGCAGAACAUAUUGAUGUUUGUGUAAGCUUUGCAACACCAUAGAAUAAAUUAUCUUAAAUUCUG